UCUCGGCUACAUCUGCCAUUUGUCGUGCGUCGUGAUGCCAGUCACGCUAUCGGCCAUGUUGUUAUAAGGAUGAAGGUGAAGUCCGGGUUGCGGUUAGUCAGCGUGUCAGCCGCGAACUCCCGCUGGGCGGUGACCGCGGAAGUCAAACCUCGCGCGGCUACCGUGACUGCGACGCGGCUGGAGCAACCGCUGCGAGAUGAUGAUCAACUCGAAACAGAUGUGGAAGAUACCGUUGGCGCUGGUGGUCCCGGUUGGGAGGAGAUUCUCACGUGGCUUGUGGAAGUUGGGGCUGAAGGCGAGGGGGACGCCGAAGGCGCGGAGGGAGAAUCGGGUCGCGGUACCGCGCGUCUUUCCUGGUCUGCCAAAGUCUCAUCAGCGCCUAGUUCUGGCUCUACAACUGAAGAAACACCACACGAGCACAGAGUCAACACGCGGUUGGACAUCGAAAAGGAUGAUAUACAAUCUGUUCUGCCAAUAUCUAAGGUACUAACUUAUGAGAGCGUGCUUAAGGUAUCAUCGUCGUGUAGUUCUGUGUACGUCGACGGUUCCGAGAUCCGGGGCUCGUCGAACGCGUCCGUGAUCGUGAAGUAUGGCACGUACACCGGGCUGGCGCGCUUCACCGUCUGGAUGCCGGAGUACCCACUCGAGAUCGACGUCGACGACAAUCGACUCUCGCAAAUCAAAGGUUGGAAAGUACCAGAUGACGCGAACGCUAAGGACAGACUGAAGCGCUCUUUGUCGGCUAGAGGAUGGGGCGGCGCACGUCCUGAUGGCACCAACUCACUCACUGAACAACGAGCCUGUCGGUUGAGAUAUCAGCAAAGCAAUGUCGAGGUCUACGCUCGGUUCCUUGCGAAGGACCACGAUUCGGGUCGCGUGUCGUACCUGGUGUCGCGGCGCACGUGGCUGCAGGUAACCGAGCUGGUGCUGGCGCUGCUCCGUGUCUCUGACCCCCGCAUCGCUACCUUGAGAGACCGCGUGCUACAAGGCAGGAGUACUGGACGCACGGAAGUCCAAGUUCUGUCACCUAUUACUGGUCGUGUGAUCGGUCUCCGUGAAGUGCGUGUGGUGAAUGACAAAGUGACGAUCUCUCGGCUGCUGGUGCGUGUCAUCUCUGGCCUGCAGCUGAACAUCUCACCAGAUAGCGCUAUUGAGAACGGAUACGUCUCCGAAACAACCGUCACCAGACGACUCACGGCUCAGUACCAGGAGGGCUUAUUGGACAUCGACAUUGAGUUCUCUGACGGCAGUCACACGGCGCUGCGUGACGUGGCCGUGUCCGAUUACUACCUGCUGGUCGAGAGCCUCGACUCCGAAGUGGUGGCUUUCGCGCCUAUGCUGGCAUCGCGACAUCCACGCGUUAUUGCCGUUGGAGAAGCUUCUCCGAUCGAGGUAUACGAUGCGUGCGCGGCGGCGCGCGACUCGGGGGAUAGUACCGUUGACGCGCUCAACAACAACGCGCCGGCGCUCUCGCCCCUCGCGCCCCUCGCGCCUCUCGCGCCCCUCUACGAGGACGUUGACGGCCGCAGAGUCGCGCCCACACAAAUGCUAUGCGACUCUAUCGCUCACAAAAAUAAUUUCAUGAAACGACAAUUGAAAUUUUUGCUCGAUCACCUGAGCGAGGCCUACGAAUGA